AUGUUUAGAAGAUUUUUGGCUACUGCAGCCAAAGGUUCUGCUGGACCCACGAUUGAAGCUGCUGAUAUUGUUAUCAUCGGUGGUGGACCGGCCGGUUUAAGCUUAGCUUCAGCAGUCAAAGCGUCUCCAGUGCUUCAGGGUUUGAAAUGCACAUUGGUUGAAGGCGGGAAACUUGUCGAAAGUUUGGAGAAGUUUUACGAGUCUCCUCCACAAUUCAUUGACAAGAGAGUCGUCAGCAUCACUCCUGCCUCCAUGGACUUCUUCAAACAAAUUGGCAGCUGGGAUUAUGUGAAGAAAGAUAGAACAGAGACUUAUGACAAUAUUCACACUUAUGACGGUGUUUCUGGCGCCAAGAUGGAGUUUGAUUCCCCAGAAUUGGCAACAAUGAUUGAAAACAUAAAUAUUCAGUCAUCUCUUUUACAGAGAGUCAAGCAGCUCAAUAAUGAGAACCCAGAUAACCCUUUAACAAUCUUAGACAGCACCAAAGUUGUUGAUAUAACCGAAGAUCCACAAAACGAGUGGCCAAUUCUCAAAUUGGACAACGGUAAUUCGAUUCGGACCAGAUUAUUAGUGGGCUGUGAUGGUUAUAACUCCCCAGCCAGGAAAUUUGCUAAAAUUGAAUCACGUGGAUGGGCUUACAACAGAUGGGGUAACGUUGCAACUUGUAAAUACAAAGACAAUGAAUUCAGAUUCCCUACUGGGUGGCAAAGAUUUUUGCCUACUGGUACCCUAGCAUUUUUACCGCUACCUAACAACUGGUGCAGUCUAGUAUGGGCUGUUCCACCUGAGAUUUCUGCGAUUGUUGGUAAGUUGAGUGACGAACAGUUCACUUACAUGUUAAACGCCGCUGCCAAAUUGACUCCCGAUGAGUUGACUUACCUUUACGAAAUUGCAGACAAAGAACCAGAAAAUCUUAUUGAAGAGAUCAAAUGGAGGUUAGGACUUUUCAACAAGACUUUAACUACAGUGGAGCAAAAAGAAAACUUCCCAUUAGAGAUUGACUAUAUUGUUCCAAACAGCAGAGCCAAGUUCCCAUUGAAGCUAUCCAAUGCUGACUCAUACGUUGAAGAGAGAGUUGCUUUAGUUGGUGAUGCGGCACACACUACAAACCCACUUGCGGGCCAAGGUUUGAACAUGGGCCAGGCUGAUGUUAAAAGUUUAGUAGAAACAUUGGAAAACUCUUGUAAGAGAGGUUUGGACAUCGGGACAAAAAUAGCACUCGAGCCUUAUUGGGCAGAAAGAGCUAUCCCUAAUCAUGUCAUGUUAGGUAUUGUUGACAAGAUUCACAAAAUAUACUCGACUGAUUUUGCUCCGAUCGUCUGGGCGAGAUCUCUUGGAGUGAACGUGUUGAAUUCGCUACCAUUUGUCAAAGACUUCAUCGUGGGAGAGAUAAGUCACAAGGGAAAAUGA